UGACUGACAGGCAUCCUGCCUGUUUUUAUAUGUGUAUUGCAAUUGAAGAUGCAACGACAGUGACGUAUUCCAUAUUACUCGUGCUUCCAAGUAAGCAGUAAGACGUGACUAAUAACUGUAUUAAUACAUUGUAAAUAAAAUUUUGAUUUGAAGCAAUUAUAUAUCAUGUACCGGCAAAUGAUGAAAGAAGUGUCUCGUAGAAAACAGCAUUCAUAUAAUUCAUAUAAGGUGACUGUUGAAAUAAUGUAUUGUAUACGCUUUAAUGGAUAAAUACUUAUUCGACAUAAGGGAACAGUAAAUGGAAAAGAAAAUGUGCGACAAGUAUGUCAUUGGUUAUUGGCUGUCCGAGAAAAAGCGGCAGAAGUUUAAUUGGAAUCAUUUUUAUAAUCUCUGUGAAUCCGAAGGGUUUCAGUUAAAAAUGAUUGAUGUGAACUCUGAUCUUGAAUCUCAGGGACCAUUUCAUGUUUUUAUACAUAAACUGACACAUAAACUAGCGCAUGCAGAAAAUGGUGAUCAAAAUGCCAAAGCAAUUAUUUCAAAAAUUGAAGAAUACUUCUGUCAGCAUCCCAAAAUAAUAGUUAUUGACCCUUUGGACAAUAUUAAGAUUUUAAUAAAUCGUUAUAAAUAUUAUGAACUUAUACAAGAGCAUGUACAAUUCAAUGAUAUAUUUACUCCAAAGUUUGUAGAAAUUAAAAGUAAAAAUACUGUUGAGAAUAUAUCAUUGUUGAAAAGGGCAAAUAUUAAGUUUCCAGUAAUCUGCAAACCACUUAUCGCUCAGGGUUCUAGCGAUGCGCAUAAAAUGAUGGUAAUUUUCAAUGAGGAGGGUUUGAACGAUUGUCAACCACCUUGUGUGGCACAAGAGUUCAUCAACCACAAUGCUAUUGUUUACAAAAUAUACAUAGUCCAUGAACACUUUCAUGUAGAUGAGAGACCCAGUUUCAAGAAUUUUUAUGAAGAAGACUGUACUUCGUUGAACACAAUAUUUUUCAACUCACUUAAUAUAUUUAAGAGUGGUUCUAAAUCCAAAUGGUCGAUUUUGUCGGAAGAAAACAUUCCAUUAACGGUAAAACCAAAACAAGAGACGUUCGAAAAGAUCGUAAAAAAAAUUGGAGAACUUUUUGGACUCCUUUUGAUUGGCGUUGAUGUUGUUAUUGAAAAUCAUACUGGAAGAUAUGCAAUUAUAGAUGCAAACGUAUUCCCUGGAUAUGUCGGUUAUCCAAACUUCUUUGAGCAGUUGAUAGGAUGUAUUAGACAAUUGUUAGAUGAACAAACAGAUGCACAACAAAAUUCUAAAAGCUACUCUUUAAAAAAGUGUUUAAGCGAUGAUUUAGAUUCUGGUUUCGAAAGUGACGAAAAAAAAAAGUAUUCUACAAAAACAGCUAAAUAAUUAUAACAGACAACAGGUAAAUUAAGAGGAA